UAGAAAGCAAACCAAUAUAGUCGGUCGACGACAACUUAAAAUAUUAAUUCAUAAGAUCAGUUGUAUUUAGAUUUUAAUCAUGGAAAAUUUGCGAAGGGAAUUAAUAAGUAGUAUAAUGAUCGCGUGUCAAGAACGCGAGGUAGACGUGACUGAAGAUUUUAUUUCCUUUUUGCUCACUUUGUUUCAAUUAAAUCCUAUAUAUGAAAUUAAGGUAGACGACGAAGAAAAUAAUGAAAAAAUUAUUCAAGCGAUAGUUGAAAAAAUAUGCGAUCAAGAAAGACCAAGUUUAACGAUAUUAAAAAGUCAAUUAUAUUUUGCGAAGCACUAUCACGAUAGAGACGAGACUGUUAAGCGCCAUAGGUUGCGAUUACAUCAAAAAACUGGACCAUUAGUGGCGGAAAUUUGUCAGACAGAGAAACUUGCGAAUAAACAGGAGUCAGAAAAGUUGUACCAUAAGAUGUUGGUGGUUAUUACUUUCUUAAGUGGUCUUGGAAAUCCUACUGUAUCUUCUGUGCUCAAGGAAGUGUCGGUGGCACUGCAAAGCGUUUUUCAACCUUCGGAAUUAGAACAAUAUGUAAAGAUGUCUAAACGUGAGAAGGAAGAACAGCUAAUGGAAUUAAUGUGCAUAGUUGCAGGAAUACGUUUAUUUAAUAGAGAUAACCAACGCGGAGGCGAAGGCAUCGACGAUUUGCCAGCUAUUUUGCAAAAAGCUACUAAAAAAACGCGCGACUGUAUCAUGGAAUUUUUGGAACGUCUAAUGACAAAAAUAUAUAAAUUUACUGCAGCCAUCGAAAAAAUAUGUCUCAUUAGAAAAUUAAUACCACUUGGCGUUUAUACAAUUGAGAAUGUAAACUGGGCAGCCGAAAUGUUAACUGCAUGUCGGCAACAAGAAAUUUACGUCAGGAAACUGUUAAGCGAUGUAGAGCGAAGCGAAAAAGAGAUACAAAAUUAUAUGGAACGUCUUCAAGGACGUCUGUUUAAGCUUCACGAUACCGUGAGAUAUAGGACUGCUAUUCCUACUGUUCAAGUAUAUCCACAAUUUAUCGACUUAGCAGAUAUAUGGAUGGGACUUCAAGAUGAGGUGAUUAUAUUAAGUGGCAUAAAUAACUUUUUCUGGGAACUUCAAACUCUGAGUGCAAAGACCGUGAAUGCAUACAACGAGCCGCUAUUGACCGAUAUGCUGUCUAACGAAGAAGUCCUCACAGAUGCUGAAAGACUAGAGCAAUCAAUGGGUGAACCAAUAAGGGAAUGCGGCGAGUGCACUAUCUAUCACCCUAAUGAAACUAAGGAUUUUGAAAAUAUAAAUUUAGAGUUUCUAGGAUUUUGCGCGUGGAAGUUCGUUAGUGAACACGGAGCAUUGAUCCCGGGAAAUCCGAAUAACGGUAUUGUUAAAUGGAGAGGAAAAUAUUACGUAUUUUGCUCGAUUUUAGCAGCCCAACAAUUCGGACAAGAUCCUGAUAGGUACAUUUAUGAGGCUCUUGAUUACAUACGCAAUCACGUUGAAUAUGUGUAUUUGUUUCAAGUACACGAUGAUGUUCGAGCUCUACAAACACAAGAAGUGUUGUCGGAAGAAGGACCUCAAUUAAAAACUUGUCAACAUCAAAUGGUUCAAACAGAUUUGCAUAUACUUCCACCUUCCAUUGACAAAAAUUAUUCUUCGAAUCUUUGGGAACUAAGAAACAGAGCAUUGCACUUAGCAACUAUAAGCCGAUGCACAACACGCAGUACGCAAACAUAUAAAUCCAACUUCCGAUACGGUAUUUACGUACAAGCAGCUCCGCCCCGAAAUAAAGAAGUUCAAACGAGGAGAGAUAAUUAUAUGAACACAAAGAAACUCUUAACUUAUAUCUUUGGCUUGCGGGGGAGGCGCGAUGAUAAUCAACAUGUACUAUCUUUCUUAGAAGACGAACUCGAACAUUUAUAGAUAUGUAUUCAAUUUUACAUUAGUUUAAAGGACGAAUUGGAUAGGAUUGUUCGAGGACAUCUACGAUAGAAUGAAGCUACAAAGGGCACUCUAAAAAAAAAUGAAAGCAAUAUCUUUUAAUGAUGUUUUCAAAUACAUUCACGAAAUAUCAGGGCAUAACCUGUACUUUUCUUCAUUUAAAAAACAAACUGAUAUUAUAACUUGUUAUUCUGUGUACACGUUCAUCUUUAUCUUCACUGUAGUGUUUUCAUUAUCAAUUGUUUGCAAUGAUUUCAUUGUGGCUUCCAUUAAUUUAGGCCAGCAUUCAUUAAUUUAUAUUCAAAAUACACAAAUUUUUCCAUACAACGAGGUGUAAAUAUCCACACUAGGGGAUUAAUUCUAUACCUCGCUUCAUCAACCUAUCUUAUUCCUACAAUUCAACAUUGCAUAAUGCUGCACAUACUGUGACUUUUAAUAUGCAUGCAUUGUACCUUCACUGAAUACAUUAUUUUACCAUUAAAUCUUAAGAGUUAGGUCAAUUCUUUACACAAAGAAACCUAUAUUACGACAAUAAUUAUUAAUUACAUGAUAAUACAAUUAAAUUUCGCUUAGUAAUAAUUUUAGUGUAUAAUAUAACAAUUAUACAGAAGAUGUAUACAGGAUGUUGAUUUUUCGUAUUAUCUUUCUCUUAAUUUUUUCCACACUUUUUUUUUGCCUUACCACAUAUCAUUACUCCUCUCUCUCUCUCUCUUUGUUGACAAAACUGUUUAUCUCUCUGUUACAUCCAUUGCAGAAAAGUAAUCAACGUUAAAAAUAAAAAGAUGAAAAUAUUGUGUGAUACUCGGGCGGAAAUUUUCGAUUAAAAGAAAAUCCAAAUAAAUAUAAACGCAAUAAUUGCUAUAGUAAUCCCUUGUAUUUAAUUUUCUUCAGAUAUUGACUGUCACGUAAUAAAAUAAAAAAGAAUUUAUUGUUAAAAGAAUCUAUAGUAGUUCUCGCCACUUCAUUUUUACUGCCACAACGGCACACCGUAUUUUCAUACUCGAUGAAAGGGACUGUUUACAAGAACCACCAUGUAAACGAUAGAACAUUAACUCUGAAUACAUUGACUUAAAACCAGCUUAUUGACUAUCGGCCAUUUUAAUGUUUUCCACAUUUCGAAAUCAUCCGCACGUCCAUGGUACUGACCCUUUCUUUUUAUACUGUUUUGUCAUUGAUCAAAUCUACUUGGAUUCCUACCUGUGGGUCAUCAUUUGCAUACACAUUUUGGGCAGCUUUUAACAAUGUUAACGAGCCACAUCUUUAAUAAUGCCCAUAAAUAAGGAUGCUACAUUGCGAACAUUCAAUAAGACAAAGCAGCUACCAUGGACAACAGAAUUCAUCGGAAUGAUGUAAACAUGGCUAAAGUCUUAAGUCGCAAGAAAUAUGUGUGUGUUUGUAUGUAUGUAUAUUUAUGUAUGUAUCGUGUGAGAAAGAUGGAGAGAUGCACUUUGCAUCCUGGAAUACGUUAUACAAUGUUUAUAACCUGUCAGAUUUCGUGGUUCAAGGAUGAUUUAAUCUACAAAGUGAUUUUUGAGGUACUUCAUCAUACCAAAAGUUCUAAAACGUUUUACUCCAAUUACUUUCAAUAAUUCGUCAUCGCAAAUUGCGUAUUGCUUAUUCUUAGGAUC